AUGGCCGCAAUUCAUUCAACAACGUCUUCGAUCCUCUCAUCCUUCCUCCCACGACUCUCUGCAGCGUCAAUCUCGAAUGCGUCACAGUUCACUACACUCUACUCUCGACAAUUAUUUCUCCCCAUCAUCCCAUCAAUCGCCUUUGCGAUUCCUUCCGCGAUACAUCUCAAUGUGCCAGGUCUGUUAGAAGGAAUAUGGGAGUCAAUAUUGAAGGCGGUGCCGAAGAAGAAGACUUCACACAUGAAGAAGAGGACGAGACAGAUGGCAGGAAAGGGAUUGAAGGAUGUAACCUCUCUGAACAGAUGCUCGGCAUGCGGGCAUCUGAAGAGAGCACAUUUGCUGUGUCCAUAUUGUGUAUCUGAAUUGAAGGACAUGUUCAAGGGGAAAUCUGAGAAACUGGCCGAAACAACCAAAGCCGACAAGGAGGCAGAUACGAAGUGA